AUGGGCAGUUUAGUGGGACAUGUUGCACCAGGGUUUGGGUUUCUUGUCAUUGGUUUAUGGCAUCUUCUUAAUCAAGUCAAACUUCAUAUUCAAAACCCCGAAACUUACCAUUCUUUGCCAUGGUUUCCCUUUACCAAAAUAAGGUAUUUAGAACUUUUCUUGAUUAUUGUAGGCUGCUCUAGUUCAAUAGCUAUGGAGCUAUUUAUCGGGCCACAUCGUCACCAACCAUUAGACACAGAUGGCACCAUUCCUUCCAACCAUCUUCGCAACUUUGAGCACUCAUUCAUUUCCAUGACGUUUUUAGUUUACGCCGUUUUUGCAAUCAUACUUGACAAAUAUGCGCCAAAAGUUCAAUAUGUGUUGACUCAAUUGCUUGCAAGUAUUGCGUUUGCACAACAACUCCUACUUUUUCACCUCCAUUCGGUUGAUCAUAUGGGCGUGGAAGGACAAUAUCAUAUGCUUCUACAAAUCCUCAUUCUUAUCUCCCUGAUUACUACCCUUAUGGGGAUUAACUACCAAAAAAGCUUUAUAGUUAGCUUUAUAAGGUCCAUAAGCAUUUUCUUCCAAGGUCUUUGGCUCAUGGUCAUGGGCUUCAUGCUUUGGACAAGAAGUUUGAUUCCUAAAGGUUGUUCCUUGAACUUAGAAGAGGCCCACUAUGUGGUCCGAUGUCAUGAGGACGAAGCCUUGGAACGUGCCAAGUCAUUAGUGAAUAUUCAGUUUAGCUGGUAUUUGAUAUGUGUAACAAUAUUUGCUAUGACACUUUAUCUUGCUAUGCAUAAAUUCAAUGAGGGUAGAGUUGAAUACGAAAUGCUAAGAAGCUACGAUCAAAAUCAAGAAAAGACAGUUCAAGAUAUCGAGGCUCAAACGUAA